AACGAAUGUCACUAAUACGGGAAUGAGCUAAGGUACCUUAGGACCAUGAAGUAAAGGUCCCUGCUGCGACUCCAAAAAAUCAGUGACGAUAUCCUUUCCUCUCUCCUCCCGCGGAAUCAGCUCAAUCUUGCGGUCGCCAUAAUCCCAGAUCCUCCAACGACAAUGGCGUCCGAAAACGGCCUCCCAGACACGGAAGACGUCAAGUCAUCAGUCUUCAGCAAAAUCCACGACUACGGCACAAACCCCCUCCCGCCCGCAAUCCACGCCAUCCUAAUCGGCGCCCUCCACGGCCGGCCCCUCAAGAUCCUCCCGGCCUCCUUCGCGCCCGCCCUCCUCUUCAGCAGCUACGUCAAUCUCGCCGGCUUCCCCACCGACAGCGCGGGCUUCACCUGCGCCCUCUCGGGCCUCUACGCCCUCCUCGCCCUGCGCCGCCGCCAACCUCUGCGGAGCAAGUUCACCGCCCGCGGCCUCGUCCGCGGCACCGCCAUAGGUAUGGGCUUUGCCAACUCUGCUGCCGGCGCGUGGGUGUAUGCCAAUGGCGAUCGGAAGAAGGACGAGGUGGAGAGGAAAGAGAGGAAUCGCUGGGGCGGGGAGUCAUGAUAGAGAGAAAGGAAGACAGAAAGAGAGAUAUUUUAGAGAGUUGCCAGACGAAGAGAGAGAAGACUCAAGGCAGAUCAUGUUCAAAGAGGGCAUGAUGCUCUUCCGUAUGGUCUCUGCCGGGGGAGUGCUGCCACUCUCCUGUCAGGUGGUGGUCUUGGCUCGGCUCGAGUUGUCUGAAGAAACACGGAAUGCCAAGCCAACGUAGACGUUAAUAGUAUCGAUUGUAAGGAUUAUUGUACGAUUAUGGGAGAAGUCUGAUAGGAUAGUAAGAUACAUCGAGUCAUGAGACGAAACGUCGUUACGCGAAACGGCAGCGUCUGGGGAUGGAUCGACAUACACACAUGCAAUGUUCUCGAUAAACGCUUGGGGUAAUUAAUGCUUACACACGGAAAUAGCAAGCGUGGAGACAGAGAAACGGUCACUUUACGGGUAGACCGAGUUUGUAAAAUAACAUGUACACAAAUUUCAACCAUGUAGAAAUCAGUCA